ACUCUUCCUCUUGCCACAUGCGCUUUUGUUAUCAAAUUCAGACAGACAGUGAUUUAUCCACUGAUACAGCAUUUGAACAGCAAUGGGACGACUUAUUCUAGAACACACGCUGCAGGGCCACAAAGGACGCAUCUGGGGGGUGGCCUGGCAUCCCAAGGGCAACGUGUUCGCCUCCUGCGGCGAGGACAAGGCGAUCCGCAUCUGGUCACUGACCGGGAACACUUGGAGCACGAAGACCAUUCUGUCCGACGGCCACAAGCGCACCAUCCGCGAGAUCCGGUGGUCUCCAUGCGGCCAGUACUUGGCUUCGGCCAGCUUCGAUGCCACCACAGCCAUCUGGUCGAAGUCCUCUGGAGAAUUUGAAUGCAACGCCACCUUGGAGGGUCACGAGAACGAGGUGAAGAGCGUUAGCUGGUCGCGAUCUGGCGGAUUGCUGGCCACCUGCUCGCGGGACAAGUCAGUGUGGAUCUGGGAGGUGGCUGGCGACGAUGAAUUUGAGUGCGCUGCUGUUCUGAAUCCGCACACACAGGACGUCAAGCGGGUGGUGUGGCAUCCGACCAAGGAGGUCCUUGCCUCGGCAUCGUACGACAACACCAUCAAAAUGUUCGCCGAGAGCCCCCUGGACAAUGACUGGGACUGCACAGCGACGCUAACUUCCCACACGAGCACGGUUUGGAGCAUUGACUUUGACGCGGAUGGCGAGCGCUUGGUUUCCUGCAGCGAUGACACCACGAUAAAGAUCUGGCGAGCCUAUCACCCUGGCAAUGAAGCCGGAGUGGCCACACCCGACAAGCAGACCGUGUGGAAGUGCGUUUGCACCCUUUCAGGCCAGCACUCGCGAGCCGUCUACGAUGUGUCCUGGUGCAAGCUGACAGGUCUGAUAGCCAGUGCCUGUGGCGAUGACGGCAUCCGCAUCUUCAAGGAGACCAGCGACUCCAAGCCAGACGAACCCACAUUCGAACAGCUCACUGCGGAGGAGGGUGCCCACGAUCAGGACGUAAACUCAGUGGAGUGGAAUCCAAUGGUGGCCGGGCAACUGAUCUCCUGCAGCGAUGACGGCACCAUCAAGAUUUGGAAAGUGACCGAAUAGUAAACCGAUCAAUAUGUGUUAUAUUUAAGUGGUUAAACAAUAAUGGAAUUUGAUUUUUGUACAGUUUCUGCAUAAUAAGAAAUUGAAGUAUUUAAAUCAUGGA